AUGCCAGAGUCGAGCCGUACAUGGAUGGAGGCCGAGGAGAAGGCUGCUGCCCAGGCACACAGUCGUGUUAUGAACGCGUUGGGAGAGGUGGACGCCGCCAGCGCCGCCAAAGCAUCGACUACCGAGCAGGUGGAGGCGGCUGACGUGACAACAGGCGCGGCGCUGUUCGAUCUGUCGAGCUAUACAGGAGGAGCGCCGUUGAUUCCUAUGGGAGACGGAGGCUCGUCGGUGGGCGUCGCGACGGACGCUUCUCAUGCGAUGUUCGACCAGGACGCGCUUAUGGGUAAGGCCUCGGAUGGAGAUGAGAAGAAAAUGGGUAGACCCAGUCACCCAGCCUGGCAGUACUUUAUCCGAGGAGAAAAACGCAAUCGCUUCCACCAUAACGCGUACUGUAGAUUCUGCAAUGAGAACGGAGAGGAACCUCUUGCUGUGCGUGGAGUGUCGGGUAAUAUGAUCCGACACCUGCAAAAAUGCAUUUACUGCCCUGCAGAGGUGGUGACACAGUUGAAGCUGCUGUGUGCGCAGAAAGAUGCUGCGAGCUUUAACAAGAGACACCAGUCACAGACUCGUAGUGUCGAUGUGCUGUUGCAGGAGACAUCCCCUGCUUCAAAGAAGAAGUCGAGGCGAAAUGAAGAUCAAGGAGAGUCAAAUGAUUUACCGCUGCGGAACACACAUCUACGAGGAUCCGGAACACUUGUUGCUAAGUCGCAGGAUACGACUGGAGUGGAGGAUUUCAUGCCUCUCCAGUUACCAUUAUUGUCUUCAGAGAUGAACGGAGGACUCACGACGACCUUAUCAUCCUCCAAACCUCUGAGCUAUGACGGAAAUUUCUCUACUCCACAGAAAUCAAGUAAGUCCGCAAAGCUUCGACAUACGAAAAAGCUUGGGAAGAUGCAGUCAAACGAGCUUCACUCUAGUCAACGUCCUACCAGUGAGACUGACGCAGAGAAGUUAAGCAAGCUGGUGAUGUCGUCAACGCUCUCGAUGGGCCUGCCUUGGGAUUGGGUGUGGACAGAACAAUCAUCGCUAGUACUUGGCAAUCAGAAUUCGAAGAUUGAGCCGCCGAGUGCUGAGCUGCUGUCAACGAUGGGGACCGCUUCUCACGAGAAACAGAUUAUCAUGAUGAAAGACGAGCAAGUCGGUGUUACAUUGGCUGUGAGCUGGUGGGCGUCUAAAUAUCCGAGAUCGAACUUCGUUCUGCUCUCCCUUGUGAAUGCACUUGGUGAAGCGACCGCGUGGGAAUUAAUCGACCUGGGAAUUGGAGACGGCUCGCGUGACAUUUUAGCUGAAAAGAUCAAGGAUAAUUUGGUGGAGCUGCGCAGAAAGGGUAUUCAUGUGAUCAAUAUUGUUGCCGAGACGACACUAACAUACGCAGCUUCCCGUCUUGCUGUCAAUUCGAGCGAGUGGACAAGUUUGGCCAUCCCAGUGCUACCGUGCUUUUCACAUUUACUGCAGAUGUUACUGGGCGUCGUGCUGACCGGAUCCGACAAAUCGAAGGACAUUAUUGGCGAAGUGAUCGAGCUUGUGCAAAUAUUUUCCAAUCAUCGCGUGCUGAAGGUGCUGCGACGCGAGUGCGGUGACCCAGAUGCAGCGCUGCAUGCACCCACACAGCGUAACUGGUAUUCCUUCAUCGAAGCUGUCGAUUCUGUUCGGCAGUAUGAAGACAUGAUCAAAAUUAUAGCUUCCAAGGUUGUUCGGGCGUCAUCGGAUUCGGCAGGAAGGGCUUUGAACAGACCAAGGACCGCCAAUUCACGUAAAGACAGUGCUGGAAAUACCAUGGACGAGCUAGCUGAGUGCGGACUCUCAACUGCUACUAUACGAACGAUUCAGAACGCAGAGUUCUGGGAAAAUGUUGUGACACUGAGCGAGCUGAUGUCGCCAAUCAAGGAAGCACACAAGAUGAUGAGCAGUACUUUCGCGUCAUCGUUUUCGUUGUCUGACAUUUUCUACCAAUUCGGGAGAAUGCACCAGCAGUAUGGAGCUAUCUUGUCUGACCGGGAAGAUGCUGGUGGAGGUCGAUCCAUAGACCAAGUACGCGUUUUGCUUGCGAAAGUUGACGACAUGUGGAAGUUGUAUGAUCAGCCGCUGAUGGUGCUGGGAUACACAUUCAACUACACUCUACAGCUCCAGUUCCUUGCCCGCCAUCAGGCUUCACUCCAGUGGCUCUCAAUUGGGAAGUACGCGAAGCAAUACUUUCGGGGUUGGUUCUGUGCAGCGUCGUCCACGCGGAACCCGUCGCGUUUGCUGGGUUUGAGUGACGAAGCUGCUGCUCAGUUUAUGGAGGAUAUUCUGGCUUUCAAGGAACGAAAAUAUCCGUUCGAUUCCGAGUCCAUGUGCGAGUUUGACAACCCCAAGUUCUUCUAUAUGCUCGUGUCGGACUCGCAUCCCUUGAUGCACAUGUUUGGGUCGAGGCUGUUCAGCUUUGUGACUAGUACGCCACCUCUAGGUGAUGUGCACCCUGGAAAGUGUUUCAUCCCGUCGGUACCUUCGACGACUUGUCCGCAGCAGACUUUGUUACCGCUGCUGCGAAUGAAAUUGUUCGCUCAAACAGCAUUGCGACCAUCUAAGGACUUACUCGGAUUUGUUCAGAGCAACAGGACGAAGAGCGAUACGGUAAAUAAUAUGGUCAGUGGUAAUUCGCGUUUGCACCACUCUGAAUCGAUGUCAGAAGCUGAUGAAGCAAAUUCACCAUCUCUUCCGAGCUGUAGUUCAGCUGCACUCGAUGGAAUAUGGAGCAAGAAACAAUGGGAGGCAUUGGCAAAAGAGUGGAAAGCACACUGGGAGAAGGAGAACAACCUGCUACAAACUUCGCGGGUUCUUGACUCUUUCACACAGGACCUAACACUGGACCAGAUUUUUAAGGAAGCAUUACCAUCCAGGCUACCUCACGAUCGAGAAGAUGCUGUCGUGGACGUGUGA